UUUUAUAAUUUCACCUCACGCAGGUGGCGGUGGCUGUCUAGAAAUCAUAAAUUUCUUGGAUGCUAUCAUAUAUAUGUGCAUAUAAAUUUGUGUAUAUAGCAUAGCUCAAUUUGGACGCAAAGCUAUAGACAAAGAGAGGAAAAAGCUUCAGCAAGGAAAAUUUAUUUUCCCUUAUCUCUUGUUUCAGCUAAUUAUUUGGGUUAUUCACUUUUUCUCUUGUUCAGAAAUGGAUGUGUCCGAGCAAUUCCGCUACAUCCCUUGCAACUUCUGCAACAUCGUUCUUGCGGUGAGUGUUCCAUGCAGCAGUUUGCUUGAUGUUGUGACAGUUCGAUGCGGCCACUGCAGCAAUCUGUGGACUGUGAAUAUGGCUGCUGCUGCCUUCCCAUCGAUGCAGCCGCCCUCUUCCUGCCAAGAUUUUCAGGCAACUAACAGCAGUACUACUCCAACUGAAUACAAGGUUGAUCUGAGCUCAUCUUCCAAAUGGAACUACAAAACCCAGCCCUCAAUUUCGAAAAAACCUGAGCCCAGAAUCGUGAAUCGACCUCCGGAGAAGAGGCAGCGAGUUCCAUCAGCGUAUAACCAGUUCAUAAAAGAGGAGAUUCAAAGAAUCAAGGCCAAUAAUCCAGAAAUCAGUCACAGGGAGGCUUUCAGUACUGCUGCAAAAAAUUGGGCACACUUUCCUCAUAUUCAUUUUGGGCUGAUGCUGGAGACAAAUAGCCAACCAAAACUCAACGAGGUAAUGUCGAUAUACCUUUCUAUUUCUCGAAUUAUAUCUUGUGCAAAUUUAGCUUCAUUUCUUCAACAAAUCAUCCAUCCACAAAAUGACAAGCAUUCGUUAUUGUGUUUCCUUUAUUAGAAAAAUUGAUCGUGCGCCUUUUCUCUUAAACUUUCUAACUGCUUUUUGAUGACCAAUAAUUAUGUAUAGUUCUAACUCCAAAGUAUUUUUUCUGAGAUUCAAAUUGCUUCACCUAUGUGCUGCCUUAUUUAAUCUGGGGUUAUUUAUUUUUAAUUAUAGGGGCCGGAAAAGCAUCAAUUCAGAAGGGCAGCAAUACGAAACAAGUGAAAUCGAUAUCUGCUCUGGGAAUAUAUCCCUAAUAUAUUAAAUGUAUUUCUUUAAAAAGGCGAUAGUACAUCGAUCCCUUAUGUUAUUGUAAUUUUAUUGCGUGAAAUGCAACUCUGGCUAUGGUAUAAACGGCCGUAUAAUGUUAUGUGUUGUCAAUUGUAUUUUCAUUCAAUAUAAACAGCAUUUUAAUUCUUCUGCA